GGCGACCAUCCCGUCGACCGUCUGAUGCGGCACGCGGACGACGAAUUCGAUGUCCUCACCGGAGAUGCAAUGAACGGCCAUAGGUCGCCGGCAGACGUCUACCGUGCGCAACGGGGACGGCAUCCGCCCCCGGGCUUCGACGCGUGGCUUGCCUUUGCCAAAAAGCACAACGCGCUCAUCCACGAGCGGUUUUUCGACCGCGUGUACGACGACCUGCGGCCGUUCUGGGGCGUGAAGCCGGCGAAGAUCCGAGGGUUUGCCGCGGGCUUCGGGGAUGCGUUGGUGGUGCGGAACGGCACGGUUACGAUUCGCUCGGACGGGGUGGACCGCCCGUGGCUGGGUCCGUGGGCGGAGAUGGUGCAAGAGGUGGCGGAGCAUCUGCCGGACUUGGAGAUGGCGAUGAACGUGCUGGAUGAAUCGCGGGUCAUCGUGCCGUGGGAGACGAUCGCGGGUGCUGUGGAAAAGGAGAUAGCCGGUCGCAAAUCGCCCGAACAGCUCUUCGAGUCGUUGGCCUCGUACCGCACUGAGUAUGAUCUGACGUGGCCCGAUGAGAUGUCCCGAGGGGUUCUGUCGUCAAGUGCGCAGUUUGUGACCGCUGGGAAGUACUGGGAUCUUGCAAAGCCCGGUUGCCACCCCGCGUCCCUGGCGCGCAACGAUCCCUUUCCCAAUUAUUCCGGGGCCUAUCCUCCUCCCACGCAAUUCCUCACGCACUUGUUCAACGACUACGUCUCGAACUGGACCCGAGCCAAGGACCCCUGCUCGCAACCUCAUCUCCGAUCGCGCCACGGCACCUUUAUCGAACCUCUCUCCAUCUCCACCACCACCGACCUCGUCCCCAUCUUCGGCGGCUCCAAGCUCUCCAUGAACAACGAUAUCCUCCUCCCCGCCGCCAUGUACUACCAUGACGUCUCUCCCGGCCACGUCUACUCCAGCAGUGGCACCGAGCCUCCCUGGGCCAAAAAAUCCACCAAGAUGAUCUGGCGGGGCGUCGCUUCCGGCGGCCGCAACCGCCACGACACCUGGCCGCACUUCCACCGCCACGGUUUCGUCUCCAUGGUCAAUGCCACCGCCGCCCACCUCGUCGAGACCGGCUCCAGCACCCCCGCCCAAACCUUCCGCCAGCUCUCUCCCACCGCCCACCUCCGCAUCCAACCUCUCCGCGAAGGCCGCCUUGGCCAAUGGCUCCCCGCCUUCUCCGACGUCGCCUUCACCGGCCUCGAAUGCUUCCCGCAGGAACCCGGUUUCGGCUGCUCUUACACCGACCCGUACUUCGCCCUCGCCACCCCGCUCCCGUUCGCGGAGAUGCUCACCGCUAAAUACCUCCCCGACCUCGACGGGAACUCGUACAGCGCGCGCUACCUCGAGUUCCUGCGUUCAGGGUCACUGCCCAUCAAGGCGACGCUCUAUAAUGAAUGGCACGACGGGCGGCUGGUCGCGUGGAAGCACUUUGUCCCGAUGGACAACACCUUCAUCGAUAUCUACUCCAUCAUGGAGUAUUUCAUCGGGUAUGGCGAGAAGCCGCCGCACGAUCGCGCGGCGAGGAAGAUCGCGACCGAGGGGAAGGAGUGGGCGGCGAAGGUGUUGAGGAAGGAGGAUAUGGUGCUCUAUACGUUUCGGUUGUUGCUGGAGUACGCGCGACUCUGCGACGAUGGGCGCGAGGAGUUGGCGUACGUUGGUGACCAG